UUGUAUUUGUGCUUAUCUGAAUUUUUGACAUUUUUAAGUUUAUUUCAGAUUUUUUAUAUAGAUUUCUAACUAAUUAAAUAGAAAAUCAAGAAAGAUAUUUUUCCAUAUGUCAUAUUUUGUUUUAAAAAUUCCUAUAAAACAAUACCUAUUCUAUUCAUAUCUUAUUUGAAAAAAAAAUCCGCGCACUUGUAUAUAUGUGGGACCUAUUAUAUAUAAAAUGCUUUGUAGUAGACAUGUUAGUAGCGAUUUCCUUGUGUUUCUUCUGACGUUGAAUCCUUCUCCUAAGGUUUUGCCUCGCGAAGAUGGCUGAGGACAAAAUUGAAGAGACUGUUUGUGAGGAUAAGAUCAGCGCUUUACCCGAUGAUCUGCUUGUGAGAAUACUGUUGCAUGUACCUAUUAAAGAUGCAAUUGCCACCAUGUUUUUGUCUAAAAGAUGGCGCUUUAUCUGGACGAUCCUGCCUAAACUUGAGUACGAUUUUUUUUCUGAUGAUGAUAAAGAUGACGAUGAUAAAGUUGUUGAUGACAAUGAUGAUGAAGAGGAGAGCAAGAAGACUAGUUGGUGUUUUUUUGAUAAGUCAAUGGAACUCCACAAUGCACCUGUCUUAAAAACCUUGCUUAUCAAACUUGGUCCGGGAUGUUCUAGUGAUAUUGAUGUCGGAAAGUGGAUUGCAAAAGCUGUUGACCGCCGUGUGGUUGUGCUAAGAUUCAAGCUGUCAUGGUCCACAGGUCCAACCAGGUUGCCUAAGAGCCUUUACACCUGCGAAACACUCAAGGAACUAACUCUCUCUCACAAAGUUCUUUUGGAUUUCCCAUCGUCUUCUUGCCUCCCGUCCCUCAUUUUUCUUAACCUUUUUUACGUAGUGUAUAGAGAUGAUGCUUCUCUUGAAAGUUUUUUUUCGCAUUGUCCAGUUCUUAUUUGUUUGACUGUGAAGCGAAACAGACGAAACAGAGAUGACAAUAUAACCAAGUUUAGUGUGAAAAUUCCUUCUUUACGAGGCUUAUUGUAUGUUAGUGAUGAUAUUAUUUCGUCACUGCCAGAUGACGAUGAGGUAGUCGAUACCGGUAAGUGUUUGGCUAUCGAUACUCCGGGGUUAUUAUACUUUUCCAUCACUGAUCAUUCUGGAGACUCUUGCUCGAUUGAGAAUAUGCCUUGUCUUGAGGAUGCAUCAAUCGAUGUAAAGUCUUUCUCCGAUAUGGACAAGUCGAAAACAUAUCUUUCAGCAGUCCGGUCUCUUGUAUUGCAUACCACCGAUCAAGUGCUUUUGCCUUUUAGCACAGUCAAGUUCUCUCGACUUCUAAAGUUAAGAAUAUAUCCAGAUAGAUCAGACUGGCUGGAAGCACUCUUACUUUUACUUAAAAAUGCUCCAAAACUUAAAGAUCUUUUGGUAGAUGAUGCAUUUAACACAGAUGUGAUCCCAUCUUCAUGGAACCAACCAAGUUCUAUUGCUGGAUGCUUGUCGUCACAUCUCGAGUUUUUUGAGUAUAGAGUAUAUGGAGGCACAGAAGAAGAGAAAGAAUUUGUGAUGUAUAUCCUAGCUAACUCUAAAUGUUUAAAGAAGGUAAGAAUCUCAGUGAGCCCCUAUCUUGAAAAUCAGAACUUGAGCAUCGAGGAGUUGAGAGAUAUUCCGAGGGCCUCAACUUUUGUUGAAAUGAUAAUUGUGUUUGAUGAUGCUUGAAUAGCGUUUUAAGUAUAAGCUCAGUUAAUGUGCAAGCUUAGCCUUGUCAUGGACCCCUUUGGGACUGGUUUGCUGAAACUUUGCAAUCAUAUUAUAUACAGUAGUUGAUACUUGAUACUAAAUAACAAAGUAAAGAUUUAUUUGCCUUAAUUUAAUGGGAAAUAAGUAAAUAUGCAACAAAAAUACAACUACAUUGUCCCUAUACUAUAAAUCCAACUAUAAGUUGUCCCUAUGCCAUUUUUUUGUGAUAACCCAAUUAAACCCUAUUAUUAACCCAGUUUCGUUUUCACUAAUUCAGUUAUUAAAAAAGUUAUUAAUUCAGUUAUUAAACAAAUGAAAAGAUUAAGUUUAAUAAGUUAAUUUUUUUUUUAGAAAAAUAGCAAUACUCAUUUAGCCCCAAAUCUGGUCUCCCACGAACCCUAAAUCAAAAUUUUUCCUUCUCUUGACGAGAGAAAAACAGAGCCAAGUCACGGUAUUGAUCUUGACGGUGCUUCACUUCGCCAUCACCGGAGUUUCUUCUUCCCCUUAGGACUCUCCUAGUCUUCGUUUCUGUAAUCGAAGUCUCCUACACCUCUUGCUCACUUUGGGAUCUCCUUCUCAAGAUCUCGCCGGAAAAUCAAUUUGUGCCUCGCUGAGCCUACAAUAUACACUCUCAGCUCUUAUUUUAAGCCUAAGAAUCGAGCUUUUCAGAUUUUUUUCUGAAGUCCUAUAUAUAUAGUUAAUUAUUAAUGUUGACAAAAUAUGUUUUUUCUAAUGUGGUUUUUUUCCAUGAGAUUUUGGACUAGAAAAAUGUGUGAUGUUAUGUUGUAAUUAAAAGAACGAAAUAUUUUGUUAUAAAUAUAUUAAGAGAGGGUGUAUUGAAUCUAAAAUUUGAGGUGAUUUGAUUUUUAAUGAAGUUUUAGAUAAUUUUAAUGAAUUAUAUAGAAUAAAAUGAUUUUUAUUAAACUACUCUAGAAUAUCACUUAAAACCAUGGAAUUUGAGUUUAAUUUUUUUUUAACUAAGAAACUCCACCCAAACACUCUAAAAUCACUUGAAAACUUUAAAAUUCCACAACUUAAAAUAUUUUUAAUAACAGUGGAUUUCAUAGUACUUUAAAAAAUCUCAAGUUCAAUAACACUGGAUUUUAAAUGAAUUUUUAAAAUUCAUGUUUCAAUAACGGUGGAUUUAUCAUUUUGACACAAAUCACUUAAAACUCUCAAUUGAAUAUACCCCCUAAGUAAUUUUCCAAAAUGAAAAAAAAUACAAAAUAAAAGUAUUUUGAUAUAUGUGAUUACGAUGAGUUAAAAAAAUCUUUCCACCUAUAUUCAAUUAUUUUAAUAGAAAAAAAAACAGGUAAUUAGCUUAUAAACACGUAUAAUAUUUAAGUUGCUUAACAGAGAACUUAAUAAAAAAAGCAUCAUAAAAAUUUACAAAAAAAAUAUUCAAAAGUUAUAUCAUUAACACACACAGAAG